AUGUUCAAGCGCAAGCCCGACAUCAGAAACCUUGCGCCUUUGCGCUCCUCAGAUCGACGAAAACUCGCCGAUCAAAUUAUUCGCGACUACCAAGUCCCUCUCCCAGAGCAGUCUGACGACGCUUCAUCACCAGGCACGCUGUCAUCUCUGCGCAACUCACUAUUGCCAGAUUCCACCUCAUCAGCGCGCUUCAUCACACCUACAGAGCAGGGAACCGUUUACAUCGGAGCCCAUCCUGAUCAAGAUGAGCGUGUUCUUUGGUUCCAGACUGGAAAGAACCCCCGCUUGAUACCGACUGUCUACACCUUGUGGCGCAACCCUAAUCUCAUCCCGCUUCUACACACGCCCGACUUUGUCGUCGACGAGAAGCUCAAACAUGGUGCCGAUCUCAUGGUUCCCGGUUUGGUGAAAGCUAAGGGCUCCGCCUGGGAUAAGCGAGCCACCACAGGCGCUGUUGUGGCUGUCGCAGGUCUCCAGAACCCCACGGUGCCUAUCUGGGUCGGAUCCUGUCAAAUCGAUGUACAAAACCUUCCCGACGAUUUACAGGGACAAAAGGGCGUAGCAGUCAAGGCUCUCCACUGGGCUGGCGACGAAUGCUGGAGCUGGAAGUCGCUCGGUAGUGGAGGUAUUGAUCCACCUUCAAACCUAGAAGGAUGGAGCGGUCUUGAUACAGGGCUUGCCUCGCAACUUGGUAAGGUGUCAUUCGAAGACGAAAGCAAAACAACAGAGCCAUCACCUAGCAACCAGCCCGAGGAAUCGCAAGCUACGGUAGACGAUUCAAAUGAUGCGAAUGAUGAAGACGACGAACAAGAACCAACGACACGAGAGAUCGACAAUGCAUUUCACCAAGCCUUCCUCUAUGCCGUCCACAAAGCGAAGCAGUCUGGUAGCCCACCUCACUAUGGCCUGGAUUUUCCACUGCAGCCAUCCUUCAUCAUCGCUAGUAUGAUCCAGCCCAACCUCCGAUCUCAAAGUCGGCAUUACAACAUCAAGAAGACAUCCUGGAAGAAUGUGAAGAAGUUCAUCAAAGAACUGCACAAGCAGAAGCUUGUGCUCGCAAAGGACCGAAAUGGAGGCGAAACAGUCAUUCUUGAUAUCGACUUUGACGAUGCCCAAAUCAGUGGCUUCCGACCUUAUCGACUGCCGACACCUAAAGCCCCGGCUGCUGAGGGUGGUGCUUCCACUGGAGAUGCAGGCCAGUCAUCAAAUAGUAGCGCAUCGUCCGGACAGAAGAUUAAUAUUCAAUUUGUCUACCGCCCAUCCUCCAAGCUCGUGCCGACCCUCUUACCUUCAAAAACCGACUUCUACAGCGCGCAAGAUAUUUCAACAGCUCUGAAGUCGUACAUAGACGGGCAUCCCGAACUAGGAGGCCAAGGCAACUCUAGCGUCAAGCUGGAUCCGUUCAUUGCCAACGAUAUUCUGGGCAACAGACCGACUGACGACGAUCGCAGCUGGCUCGCAGCAGGACGUAUCACCCGCAGCGCCCUCCAAAAGCGAGUCCUCGAAGACACUCACCUGUGCCAGCCAUUCCAUAUCAUCUCACAAGGGCGCCCCUCAUCUGACCAAAAGCCCAAGGCUGGAUCGCCGCCUCGCAUCCUCAUCACGAUUGAGAAGCGAACCGGUACAAAGGUUGUCACCAAGAUUUCCAACCUCGAGCCUUUCUUUAUUGAUCCUCAAGUCCUGGCGCCUGAGCUUCAGAAGAAGUGUGCGGGAUCGGCAAGUGUGGGACAGGUCGCUGGUGCGAAACCUGGAUCGAUGGAGGUUGUUAUUCAGGGUGACCAACGCAAGAUCAUCACAAGUGACAUUUUGGGAAAGAGGGGAAUUGACAUGAAGUGGGUGGACACUGUGGAUAAAACAAAGCCCAAGAAGAAGUCAUAA